CACAGGAAGUGUUUGUCAUUUUUUUUAAGGAAGUGCUUUUCAUGGCUCGUCGUGGUUUAAUUGUUUCCUUGUAUGGAGCUGAGCGGGAUUGGAUUCUACAUAAUCGAAACUACACAAUCCCAGGAAGGGAACCGAACCUCAAGGUCUGCCUAUCAACCACCAGCACAAGAAGUGAUUGAACACCAACCAGAUCUCACCAUGUCAGACACGGUCCCCCUGGAACAGAGGUACAAGGCCAGCAUGGUCCUGAGUGGAGCAGGAGAUGCCCUGGGCUACAACCAUGGUAACUGGGAAUUUGAAAAUAAUGGAGUGUUAAUACAUGAGCAAGUUCAGAAGAGAGGAGGUCUAGAGAAGCUGGAUGCCAUAGACUUCCCUGUUAGUGAUGACACCGUCAUGCACCUGGCUACUGCUGAGGCUCUGGUCAAGGUGGGGGAAGGGGCAUCCCUCCCUGUGCUGUAUCGAGCCCUGGUGGAGAAGUACAUUGUAAGCAUGACAGACAUGGCUGGAAGAGGAGCAGGCCUCACCUGCCUCAACAGUGUUGCAAUGCACAGACAGAGAACUGACGAGGACAUUAAGAUUCCCUUCAACAAGAGGGGCGGAGGGUGUGGAGCAGCCAUGAGGGCCAUGUGUAUCGGCCUGCGCUUCCCCGACCCUGAGCAAGAGCACCUGCUGAUAGCAGUAAGUGUGGAGAGUGGGCGUCUGACCCACCACCACCCCACAGGCUACCUGGGAGCCCUGGCUGCAGCCCUGUUCACGGCCUACGCAGUGAGGGGCACCCUGCCCGUGGAGGCCUGGGGACACAGACUCAUGGAGGUCCUGGACAAAGCCAAGGAGUACGUCAGGCAUUCGGGCAAUUGUGUGGAGCUGAACAUGGAGCACUGGGACUACUUUGUAAUUCAGUGGAAAUCCUAUUUAGAAAAGAGAGGCAUUCUGGAUGGAAAGCACAAACCUCAGUUCCCAGACUCCUACGGUGUGAAGGAGAGGGAGAGUUUCUAUAGGUCUGUGAGCUUCAAUGGUUGUGGUGGCGCCAGUGGGCAUGAUGCUCCCAUGAUAGCUUACGAUGCCCUCCUGAGGGCAGGCGACUCCUGGGUUGAGCUGGCCAAUCAUGGCUUCUUCCAUGGCGGGGACAGCGACUCCACGGCCGUGAUCGCUGCUGCCUGGUGGGGCGCACUGUUCGGCUUCAGAGGGGUGCCAGAGAUCAACUACAGGAGGCUUGAGUACCGUGACAGACUAUCCAAACUAGGGGAACGGCUAUACAAGCUCAGGGGAAAACCUCUAGGUUCUUUGAAAGUGUGAUGCAAAUUAAACCAAUAGAUGGUUAAAGGUGAAAUUCAUUACAUUUCCUGCAGAUCUGUAAUUUCAGCUACUUAAACUUUUUUUGACACUAAUUUUGCAUCCCUUGCUUUUUUAAAAACAUAUUUUUAAAGAAUAUUACUGGAUCUGGAAAGAUUUAUAGAGUAUUUAUGAUCUCAAACUGCAGUCUACCUACUGACUAGGAGAUGGAGCCAGAAUGUUCUGUAUAAUAACAAACAUUUUCUGUAAUGGCAACAUUUUUUUUCUUUCUAGCCUAUAAUCAAGUCUUCACUAACAUACAUUGAUGCUGCAGUUGUUGCACUAUUAUUGUACCAUUUUAGCUAUGGCAGAGUGUAAAAAUUGACUGUUUUACUUCUGAUUAGACUGAUGCUAAAUGAAGACUAAAUGAAGUCUACAAGUACAGUGGUGACCAGAGGGUGGCAGUGUAACUUAACAAAUCACUCUUGAAACUCUUUCCUGUCUCGCUCUCUCAAUUUAUUCAAUUUCAAUUUAAGUUCUUUAUUGGCAUGGAAAACAAAAACAAGUGAAAUGGAUCAUUAACAAAAGUGAAAUAAUAACAAAUCAACAGUAAACAUUACACAUGUUCCAAAAGAAUAAAGACAUUUUAAAUGUCUUAUGUCUAUAUACAAUGUAACGAUGUACAAAAGGGAAAAUAAAUAAACAUGGGUUGUA